CCAACAACCACCUCUAAACAAUGGCAGCAACGAGUUCAUCUUCUUCUGUAUAUUUAGGUGUUACACGAUCGAGAACGUUGUUAUUUUUGUCUUAUCGCGAUUCAGCCACGCGAGAUCACUCAUCAUGGGACAGAAAUGGAACCGUUGAUGCAAAUGGCGAAGAUGAAUACGGAGAUGAUCAAGCAUUGAUAGGGAAGGGAAAAGGUGUAGACAGACGGAAAGGUGCAUACUAUGAUGCUUCUGGGGAGCUACAAGAGCAUGGAGAUGAGCUGUCGUAUCCUCCCCGUCCUUCAGCCUCUACAUCGUAUUCAACACAACUUCCGCCAAAAUGGGUCGAUAUAUCUGACGAAGUGGAUGCGAUCCUUGCCUCUAUUAAACCAAAGAUGGCACAAUUAGAUCGACUACAUGCAAAGCACAUCCUACCUGGAUUUGCAGACCGAAGCGGUGAAGAACGAGAGAUCGAACGUGAAACGACAGAGAUCACAAAGCAAUUUCGAAAGUGUAGCAAAUUGAUUUCCGGAAUGGCACAACAUACUCAAUCACUCUCGCGUUCUGGACGUGCAUCUGCACAUGAGAUCGCAAUGGCAAACAACGUUCAAACUGCAUUGGCAACCAAAGUGCAAGAUGCAAGUGGCACAUUUCGUAGAAAACAGAGUAAUUACAUGCAACGAUUACGUGGACACGAGGAAAGACAUCAAGCGGGACACAUGCCAGAUUCUGAAACAGCGAUGCGGGAAGAUAUGGAAUUAUCAAGACAACAUCUUGAGCGCUCUAGAUCACAGCAAGAUCAAUUGCAAGCUCAAUCUCAGCUGCUCAUCGAUGAAGAACAAGCACAGGCGCCAUCACAAUCGGAGAUUGACAUCGUUCGAAGGGAUAGAGAGAUUGAUCAAAUCGCAAAGAGCAUUACUGAAUUGGCGGAGUUAUUCCAAGACUUGAGCGCUCUAGUUAUUGAUCAAGGAACGAUGCUGGAUCGAAUCGAUUUCAACAUAGAGCACAUCGGUCAGGAUAUGGCCGAAUCAGUGAAAGAAUUAAAUCAGGCAACAUCAUACCAAAGACGAACUUCUAGAGGACAAUGUAUUUUGUUCCUCAUCCUGUUGAUCUUAUUAACUCUGGCGAUCAUCAUUGUCAAGCCAUUUUGGCGAUAGAAAUGUCAUGCAAUUACUGUACAUGUAUGUGAUAAUGAAUUUACUCUUUCUCUAGUAGCCACGCACUUCUUGGCUCGAUUCCAGUCUUGUAGUAUUGUUCAACACGUUCUUUUUCGGUGAAUCCGUUUUUCUCGUAAAACACCUUUGCUUCUUCAUUGCUUGUUUGAACGUGUAGGUAAAUCUUGGCGACAGUGUAUGACUUUGUCUGUUUGACUUCUUUUUUGGAUGUUGAUGGUUUGGCGG